AUGGCAACUCCAUCUUCCAGCCCAGUUCCUCGGCGCCACCGUCGUGGACUCACUCGGAGUGCUGCCGCCUGUGAGCGCUGUCGACGGCGAAAACAAAAAUGUGAUGGUAAAACGCCAAUAUGCGGGCCGUGCGCCAGGGCGGGUGCGACAUGCAUACCUUCAGAAAGACUAUUGAUUCGACAAAGUGAUGCCGACUGUAGAUGUCAGUCGCUUCGUGAACAGUUGGCAUCCUUGGAGCGUCGCUAUGAAGCUCUAGCCCAACAGCACGAGGAGUUACUAGCACAGAAGGAUAAGGACAGUCUGCAUGAUGGUGCCAACCCUCGAGCCUUGGAUGGCCUCGCGUUGGCCAAUUCCUCAUCCCAUCACCACGAUACCAUGGGGACUUCUGAAUCUGUUGUGCCUCAGAGUCGAGACCUACGGCGUAACGCCAAUUGUUCUUACUCAGGCCGCAUUCUCCGGCCAACUUUCUCUAAGAGUACUAAUAUUGAGGGCAUGAAUAUGAGCACAUUGAGUUGCGCCUGGAAUCUCUGGGGGGAUGAUUCAAUGCCAACAGAACAGCCUAUUUCCUUGAGUCUUCUCAAUGAUGCUGCCUAUGUAGAGCUUGUGAAUAUCUUCUUUGAGCGCCGCUGGCCUUACCUCCCAGUGCUCCAUCGGCCAACCUUCGAAUCCAAAUAUCUUACUCCUUUCAUGACUAAUCUGGAAGUCGACCCGAAGUCUUGGGUCGAGCAAGAAAAUCGGUUUAUUCAUCGGGAAUUCUUCGGUCGGGCCGUGCUGGAGUUGCAUUACGUUAUGCGCAUCGAUGAUUUUGAAUGCGCGCAAUGCCUGUUGCUUCUUUGCAUGUAUGGCCACAAUGAGCCACAGGCAGUGAAUUUAUGGUACACAUCGGGACUUGCCCUCCGUUUGGCAACUGGAAUCGAUCUGCAUCGCCGUGAGAGUCUUGUGGGUCUAGACUUGUUCCGCACGGAGAUGUCCAAGCGGGUGUUCUGGUGCGCGUAUGUCAUGGAUUGCAGCAUUGCAGUCAAUAUGGGUCGACCGCUGGGCAUUCAAGACACAGAUAUAUCUACCCCUUUGCCUCUCCAGCUAUCCGAUGAUCAGUUACGUGAUGCAGUUGAGCCUCCCGAUCCAGAAUCCGUGACAAUUCCCACGGUCACAGAUACCUCAACAUUUAUACACAUCAUAAAACUACGCCGAAUGAAUGCCGAGAUCUACAAGGCCUUUCAUCCCGCCGUACGUAGCUCAUCUGCGCGCAACGAGAUAGAUACCCUGCGAUCAUAUUAUUAUUCUGAAUUGAACAUGUGGCUCGUCACUGCCCCAAGAUACCCCCAUACUCACUCCACUUUCCAGUCCCUUGAAUGGUUUCAUAUUGCAUUCAACCAUGCAAUCAUGUCGUUAUAUCGUCCAUCUCGCACCGCGCCAAUCCUCUCAGCGGAUGACCUCCGCAUCUGCACCGAAGCAGCCAUUGGCCUCAUCAGCUCCUAUAGCUCACUUUAUGCGCGGAACAAAAUAAAAUAUACCUUUGUGGCAAUUCACUCCCUUUUCUUGGCUGCGUUGACUAUGCUGUACGCCCUUCGAGCAUCGCCAGCUCUCCGCCAGGAUCUGACAAAACCUGUGAUCAGUACGAACAUCUCAACUUUUCUAACCCUCUUUCGCGGCAUCUCAAACGGCCGUGCCGUAGGAGAGAAGUGUUCUUCCAUUAUCGAGCGACUGGGGACCGCAAUCUUAACUUUGUUCGACGACACUGAGCAGCCAAUCUCUGCCGUGGACGAUGAGUUCCAAUCAUGGUUUGGGCUGCAGACGAACAUAUUUUCACCGCGGGAUCGGGACGCGAUAUUUGGAGACCCUGUGGGCAUGUCUCCACAUUUACCUGAUGUCAGGGUAGAUCUACCGUGGACUGACUUGUUCAUUGAAGGGCUCGAUAUGGGCGCGGUGAGUGCCUGGAAUUUCUUCUAA